GGGUUUGACCAGAGAGGGCUGGAGGGGGAGUCUGUUGCAGACCGGCAGGUGGGGCUUGGAGGCCCCACCCUCCCCGGAGCUGGCCCAGAUCCUCGUCUUUCUCUGAUUAUUUUGGCAGGCGGUGAGAAGUUAAUCUUCCUCUCCUGGAGCGACUUCACUUCUUUUUCGUUCUGAGAGGAAGCCAAAAGGAGAAGACCCCAAGCGGCCAUGAACUCUGCCAUCACCAGCUGUGAGCACCCCGAGCCCUUGCAGAGAGGUGAUGGUGUACUCAACUCCCAUGAAGGUGGCCAAGGCAGGAAGAAGGAUGGCCAGCCUAGGGGUCUCAGCAGUAGCCACCUGGCUUAUAGCAUCCUGGAUAUCCCACCAUGGUAUCUCUGCAUCUUCUUGGGGGUCCAGCACUUCCUCACGGCCCUGGGGGGACUCGUGGCAGUUCCGCUCAUCCUGGCCAAGGAACUGUGUUUGCAGCAUGACCCCCUGACCCAGAGCUACCUCAUCAGCACCAUUUUCUUCGUCUCUGGCAUUUGCACUCUCCUGCAAGUAUUUUUAGGAGUCAGGCUGCCCAUUCUCCAGGGAGGAACAUUUGCUUUUGUGGCACCCUCCCUGGCCAUGCUGUCCCUUCCCACCUGGAAGUGCCCCACGUGGACACUCAAUGCCAGUCUGGUGAACACCAGCUCCCCUGAAUUCACUGAGGAAUGGCAGAAGAGGAUCCGAGAGCUGCAGGGAGCCAUCAUGGUUGCUUCCUGUGUCCAGAUGCUGGUGGGCUUCUCAGGCCUCAUUGGCUUCCUCAUGCGCUUCAUCGGCCCCUUGACCAUUGCUCCGACCAUCUCCCUGGUGGCCCUGCCUCUCUUCGAUUCUGCGGGCAAUGACGCCGGGAUCCACUGGGGGAUUGCCGCCAUGACCAUCUUCCUCAUCGUGCUGUUUUCUCAGUACCUGAAAAACAUCGCGGUGCCUGUGCCUGUUUACGGACGAGAGAAGAAGUGUCACACCUCUAAGUUCUACCUGUUUCAGGUCUUCCCUGUGUUGCUGGCGCUCUGCAUCUCGUGGCUGCUGUGCUUCGUGCUCACAGUCACCAACACCCUCCCCUCGGCACCUGCAGCCUACGGGUACCUGGCCCGCACAGACACCAAAGGCGACGUCCUGAGCCGGGCUCCUUGGUUUCGCUUCCCUUACCCAGGGCAGUGGGGCCUCCCCACCAUCAGCCUGGCUGGGGUCUUUGGGAUCAUCGCGGGGGUGAUCUCCUCAAUGGUGGAGUCAGUAGGCGAUUAUUAUGCCUGUGCCCGCCUGGUGGGGGCACCACCCCCUCCGAAGCACGCCAUCAACCGAGGCAUCGGCAUCGAGGGCCUGGGCUGCCUGCUGGCCGGAGCCUGGGGUACGGGGAACGGCACCACCUCCUACAGCGAGAAUGUCGGCGCGCUGGGCAUCACCAGGGUAGGGAGCAGGAUGGUGAUUGUCGCUGCGGGCUGCGUGCUGCUCCUGAUGGGCAUAUUUGGGAAGAUUGGGGCUGCGUUUGCCACCAUCCCAACACCUGUGAUUGGAGGCAUGUUCCUGGUGAUGUUUGGGGUCAUCACUGCUGUGGGGAUUUCCAAUCUUCAGUACGUGGACAUGAACUCGUCCAGAAACCUCUUCAUCUUUGGCUUCUCCAUCUACUGUGGGCUUGCUGUUCCCAACUGGGUGAACAAGAACCCGGAGAGGCUCCACACAGGGAUUCUGCAGUUGGACCAGGUCAUCCAGGUGCUGCUGACCACAGGCAUGUUUGUUGGUGGAUUUCUGGGCUUUCUACUGGACAACACCAUCCCUGGAAGCCUGGAGGAGAGAGGCCUCCUGGUGUGGAAUCAAAUCCAGGAGGAGUCUGAGGAGACUACGAAGAUCUCGGAGGUGUACAGCCUGCCCUGGGGGAUGGGCACAAGGUUCUGCGCAUCCUCCUGCACCCGGUGCCUCCCCUUCUGGCCCAGGCUGGAGCGUGGGGGGAAAGGUGAGGCGGGAGCGAGCCAGCUCACGCUCUGCUCCCGGGACCCCUCAGAAGAGCGGCCCAAGGGCGCCACAGACACCAGGAUGUGAGAGCACUCCAUCUGCACGUCCCAAAGCCUUCACUGUCCCCCCACCCAAUGUGCUGAGCUCCCCGCUCACGUGGGGCGGGGGACCCUGCCCUCUCGAGUACCUCUGCACCGCGCACGUGGUGGCAGCCAAAUAAGUAUUAGAUUAAGACCACGACAAGCGUGCUUUGACCCAGUCACUUAGUCACCGAGGUCUGGCCCCAAGCUGCUUCCUCCCACUGUGCUCCAGCCCUCCCAUCUCCAGUGUAAACCAGUCCUCUUGGCAGUAUUUUGAUGCAUCGGGAGGAAGAGGCUUUGGGUGGGGCAGGGGACGGAGAUGGGGCUGUUUGCUGAAAGGUGACGGGAACAGUUCUCUUCCUCCCCAAAGAGGCUGGAGGCCCUGCCAGCCCCCCCAGGCCCUUCUCUUCCAGACGCUUCCUCUUCCAGGCCCCUCCCCUCCAGGCCCCUGCCAUUUGUAAACACUGAAGGGCCAGCAAAGCUACAAUCCCUGCACAGCCCCAGCGCCGGUCCUUGGGGUCAGACUGUGCAUCACAGGACGGUAUAGUGAGGCAGUGGGCCCUGGCGCUGUGGAGUCAGGACCAGGUUUGGAUCCUAAGACUUAACCUGCAUGUCAGGUUCUCACAGGGACAUUAAACAGUCAAAGCAUUCGAGAGGCCUUCAGUGGAGCAAAGCCACUGUUGUUAUGAUAUAUAAACUGUAAAGAGCCAGGCGAACCUGUUCUCUCUGCAUCCUCAGUGGAUUAGUCAGGAUUCUCUAGAGAAACAGAGCCAAUGGGGGGUGUGUGUGUGUGUAUACACAUACAUGUCUGCAGAGAGAUAUAUACAUGUGUACCCACACACACAUACAUAUAUGGGGGUGGUGGGAGGGCAGGGUGGGGGGAGAGAGAGAGAGAUUGACUUAAGGAAUGGACUCAUGUGAUUGUGGAGGCUGGCAAGUCCAAAGUCUGCAGGGUAGACCAGCAGGCUGGGAAGAGUUACAGCUGGAGUCUGAAGGCAGUCACUGGCAGAAUUCCCUCUUCCUGGGGGAGGUCAAUCUUUUGGUCUAUUCAGUCCUUCAGCUGAUUGGAUGAGGCCCACCCACACUAUGGAGGGUAAUCUGCUUUACUCAAGCUCUACUGAUUUAAAUGUUAAUCUCUUCUGAAAAAAUACCUUCAUAGAAACACCUGGAAUAAUGUUUGACCAAAUACCUGGGUACCAUGCCCUAGCCAUGUUGACAUAUAAAAUUAACCAUCACACCCAGUGUACAGGCCCAGGGACAUUUAUGCACUCUUUGCCCAGGGGCCUCACCAGAAAGCACUCAGAACACUGUGGGAUCUGGCUUGGACUCCAUUCAGGAGUCUUUAUUAUCAGAAGAAGCAGAUGUAGCUGAUUCUACCUUGAUGUCCUGGAGCACAGGGUUGAGGUCAACACUGUUCCUGGGCUCCUAGAACAUGCAGGAUGUGUGGUGGGCUCCAGAACUCUCUAGAACCCAUCAAAACAAUGCCCUGAACCCAGGUGUGCUGCAAGUACCCGGUGUCAUGGGACAGAUCCUGCCUGUCCUGUUCUUGAAAGGCUCGUGGCCUGGGCCUCAGGUGCAUCCGGUACCCCCUGAAUAGGGGCACAGUGGGAGCAGGUGUGUGCCCUGCAGCAGGCCAGCACCUCAUACCAAACAACCCUGAAAGACUGACACGGGGCCACACUCCUCUUAAAUACUUUAUAAUAAUCAGAAACUACAACCAUCAAAAUGCUUUCAGGACAGCCCACUCCAAAAUGUCCUGCAAGGCUGAGGCAGGGGCAACCUGGGCUGCCAGCAUUCAAACCUGGAGACUGCCCGCCCUCCUUCAUCCCCUCCUGCUCCCAGCCCUUCUGCAUCACAGAUCUUCAUCGUCAAACGUCUCCAUGCACCUCAACAUUAUCAUCUCAUCGUCAACGGGAAGGUCUGGUUCCUGCAAAACACAGGUAGAAGAGGAUUCAAUUUUAUUUAAGGGCUCUGGGCCUCAGGCAGAGGAGAAGGCCCCAUCAUCUCAGGCGUGCCCCCCCCUCCCUCUGUCUCUCCCCCACGUCUCUUCAGUGGUAUCUUCUACGUUUUCUUUGUAUAUCUUUUGGUAACUUUUGAACUUUAAACCAUGUUCAUGGGUUA